AAUGGAAAUAUAUUAUAUAAAAGGAAUAUAUUGUUACAACAAGGAUUACUUUGUUGUCGUGGUAUUGUGUAUUAUUAUGUCAGAAAAAUCCAAGUUUCAGAUAAAACCAUUAACCGAUUAAAAUUAAGAAGAUAACAAAAAAAUGAUAUUUGAAGAGGCAAGACAGGACCUAUUAAUAUUGUUGUCUUGCAGCUUCUCUUUUCAUUAUCUCUAGUCUAAAAUGGCUUCAACAACUUCAACUCAAGUUAACAAAAAAUCCAACAAUGAAAAAACUACUAGUUUCACAAGUGUGAAAACAUUAACAGAAUCACCAAAUUUCAACAGUAUUCCAUCUUCAUACACUUACACCACCAACCCAAAUGAUGAAAAUGAAAUAGUGGUAGACCCAGAUGAUGAAAAUGAUCCAAUCCCAGUCAUUGAUUAUUCUCACCUUGUCAUUGGUACACCUGAUCAAAGGAACAAAACCAUCCAUGACAUAAGAAAGGCUUGUGAGGAGUGGGGAUUUUUCAUGCUGGUUAACCACUUUGUUUCAAAGAGCCUCUUGGAGAAAAUGGUUGACCAAGUUUUUGGUUUCUUUAAUCUUAGAGAGGAAGAGAAGCAAGUGUAUGCAGGUAAGGAAGUAAUGGAUCCAAUAAGGUAUGGUACCAGCUUCAAUGUUUCAGGAGACAGAAUAUUGUUCUGGAGGGAUUUUAUUAAAAUCGUUGUUCGCCCUGAAUUUCACUCACUGGACAAACCUGCUGGCUUCAGGGAUACAUCUGCAGAGUACAGCAGAAGAACAUGGAAAUUAGGAAGGGAACUACUCAAAGGAAUAUCAGAAAGCUUAGGAUUGGAAGUCAACUACAUAGACAGAACAAUGAAUCUUGAAUCUGGUCUGCAAAUGUUGGCAGCAAAUCUUUAUCCUCCUUGUCCUCAACCUGAGCUUGCAAUGGGAAUGCCUCCACAUUCUGAUCAUGGCCUAUUGAACCUCCUCAUACAAAAUGGAGUUAGUGGCCUUCAAGUACUUCACAAUGGCAAAUGGAUCAAUGUCUGUUCCACUCCAAACUGUUUCUUGGUCCUUGUGUCUGAUCAUCUUGAGAUUAUGAGCAAUGGAAAGUACAAAAGUGUAGUGCAUAGAGCAGCUGUGAGCAAUGGAGCAACAAGAAUGUCAUUGGCAACGGUGAUUGCACCAUCCUUGGACACUGUGGUUGAACCAGCUUCAGAGCUGCUAGAUAAUGAAAGCAACCCAGCAGCAUAUGUUGGGAUGAAACACAUAGAUUACAUGGAACUUCAAAGAAGCAACCAGCUUUAUGGGAAGUCUGUGCUAAACAAAGUGAAAAUAUGAUUUUGAAUCAUCUCAAGUGUUGCUCUAAGAAGUAGGCCUGAAAUUAAUGUUUGUAACAAAAUUGUAAAAUAUAAUAAGGAAUUGAGUCUUUGUAAUAUUUAAAAAAAUAUUGUGCGAGACACUUGAACAGUCAAUUGUCUCAGUCACAGGUAGAAUCACAAGAAUUAAUGAAAAUAUUUUUAUGUUGGUUCCAUGUAUA